AUGGCAAUUUUUAAACAGUGCAUGGCUCCAAAGCGGAUGGGAUCCAGAGGACAAAAUCCCCCACAGUGGAACCAGACUACAUUGGUGGAUUUCAUCUUGCUUGGCUUCUCCGAUAUUCCUGACCUACAGGGAUUUCUUUUCGGGGUGUUUUUGAUCAUGUAUACGAUUAUUCUGAUGGGAAACAGUCUCAUUAUUAUAAUAACCAAGAUGGAUCCUUCCCUCCAGACUCCCAUGUACUUUUUCCUAGGGAAUUUUUCUUCCUUGGAAAUAUGCUAUGUAUCAGUCACUGUCCCCAGGUUAUUAAUAGAUAACAGUCAAAACAGAAAUAUACCCUUUCUGGCCUGUGCUGCUCAAAUGUAUUUCUUUCUGGUGUUUGGAGCCACUGAGUGCCUUCUUCUGACUUCAAUGGCUUAUGACAGGUAUGUCGCCAUUUGCAACCCACUGCUGUACCCUCUCCUCAUGAACAGCAGGCUGUGUGUCCAACUGGCCACUGGCUGUUGGGUCAGUGGAGUUCCAGUGCAUAUAGUGUUAACCUACCAGAUCUUCUCUCUACCCUUCUGUGGCUCUAACCAGUUGAAUCACUUCUUCUGCGACAUACCUCCAGUGCUUAAGCUUGCCUGUGGGGACACCCUUCUAACUGAGACAUUAGUUUAUGUAGUUGCUGUUCUAGUUGUCACUGUUCCUUUUAUGUUGAUUCUUGGAUCUUAUGUGAGAAUAAUUGAGACCAUCUUGAAGCUGCCUUCAGCCACUGGGCGAGCCAAGGCCUUCUCCACCUGCUCUUCCCAUCUCAUGGUUGUGGCUUUAUUCUUUGGAUCAGGACUCAUUACAUAUUUAAGACCAAAGUCCAGUCAUUCUAUAGGAAUGGACAAAUUUCUCUCUCUUUUUUAUACCAUUGUCACACCAAUGUUUAACCCCAUGAUAUAUUGUCUGAGAAAUAAAGAGGUUAUGGUGGCACUGAGAAAAUUUUUACUGAAAUGA